AUGUCAAACUGGACCAUCAACUACUCUUCGCUUGCUAAUAAUAAUUCAAGUAAGCUGCCCAGUCCUCGCGGCUUUAAACCUUCCACAUCUCAAAAGCAUUCAAGAUCAGAAAAGGCAGCUCCUGUUCUUGAUAGACACGGUCAAGCAGAAUUAAAAAUGAAAAGAGCUUGGGAUGUAGCAUUAGCACCAGCCAAGUCUAUACCCAUGAGUUUAUUCAUGAUGUACAUGUCAGGAAAUAGUCUACAAAUCUUUUCAGUGGUCAUCACUGCAACUAUGCUCUUUAUUCAACCUAUCAAAGCAAUCAUGUCUGUUCAAGAAACCUUUAGUCGAUUCGAGUCAAAAGAGUCAGACUUGACUCUACCCAAGCUCUCCUUCAUUGGUCUUCAAGUCAUCGUUCUCCUACUUGGUAUCUACAGAGUCAAUUCGAUGGGUUUAUUGCCAAAUACUGCUUCAGAUUGGUUAUCGUUUAUUAAACCAAAGGAAAUACUCGAAUUUGCAGCAUAA